AUGGCACUUUUGAUAGAAGAUCAUAAUUGUAUGAUUUCUUAUGCCCAACUCUUUAAAGCUACCGAUGGAUUCUCUUCAGUAAGUUUGAUAGGAGUGGGGAGUUUUGGUUAUGUAUAUAAAGGUGUUCUCAAUAAUGGGGAAAAAAUUGUUGCAGUAAAGGUUCUCAACAUUGAACAAACAGGUGCUUCCAAGAGUUUUGUGGCUGAAUGUGAAGCUCUUAGAAGCAUCCGACAUCGUAAUCUUGUCAAAAUCUUAACAUGUUGCUCAAGUGUUGAUUUUGAAGGAAAUGAUUUUAAGGCUCUAGUAUAUGAGUUCAUGCCUGGUGGGAAUUUGGAUAGCUGGUUACAUCCUCAUGGAAAUAGCAUACAAGAUGAAAAAGAAUAUGGCACAGGUGCUGGCGUUUCAACAUAUGGUGAUGUCUAUAGUUAUGGUAUUCUCUUGUUAGAGACGUUUACAAAGAAGCAACCUACUGAUGAAAUGUUCAAGGAUAACUUUAAUAUUCACUAUUGGGUUCAGAUGGCUUUGCGUGAUGGAGUGAUGGCUGUUGUUGAUCCCUCACUUCUUGCUAUGGAAGAAGAAAAAGAAACAACGACUAUAGCCAACAACAUUAGAAGUAAAAGAUGCAUGAAGGAUAGAGUGCAAGAAAGCCUUGAUUUAGUUAUUAGAAUAGGAGUUACCUGCUCAGCUGGCUCACCAUGGGAUCGAAUGGCCAUGAAUGUUGUGGUCAAAGAGUUACAGAUAAUUAAGGACAUUUAUCUUGAAGGUGGCCCACAACAAAAGAAAGAUGAACCAUGA